UCUUGUAAACUUGUUUGUUUCAGGUGAUGUAAAUGGAAUUGAGAUGCAGAUAAUCCCACAGACCCAGUUUAUCCCACUUCCUGAGGCUCUUUGCCUUAUCAUUAUGGACCUGAACAACAACCGUAUCGUGGCCACCCUCGAUACCGUGCAAGAGAAACUGGAGCAGUGUUAUAAAGAGAUGGAGAUACCCAGUGAAGAAUUGAUCUACGCUACUCUUGCAAACUUGAUUCAAGAAGGGAAAGUUUUCCAUACAGGAAGUGGAUAUUUUGUGGUCACCCCGGACACAUAUCGAGUUCCUUUGGGUGAGAAUUCCUUUGCUGUGCCCUGGUCCCCUUAUAAACAGUUUUACAUUCCCAUGGUACCACCUCCCAAAGCGCAAGUCCGUUCGAUAUCAUGUCAGACAUCGAGCAGUGCAAACGACAUCAAGAAAGCUUCAAGCAAGACCAAACCACAGCGCAGUCAAAGUGCAAGAGCGUCUCGCAAUCGCUACAGAAAAAGCGCCCACGAACACAUACGGCGAAGUGCAUCAUUGAAGUUUAAGUCUGACAAAACCCUGGGUUCUACGAAGGACAUUAACCUCAAGAACAGCAACAUCAAUCAAGACAAGAACAAAGGUGAGAAAACCACGUUAUUCAGUAAACUGUUUGGCCGUUACAAGAAGAAAGCAUCCCCGAAUAAAGAAGUGGAAUAUGCCACAUUCUCUGCACAGUUUCCUCCCCCUGAAUGGCAAUGGUACCAACAACAACUGGAGAAACAACGCAGGACUGAAGAAUGGAUCAGUGACCAACAAGUGACCAAAUCUAAUACCUGGCAUUAUCUCUAUACCGUGCAGGAUGCCAAUGUCGUCGGUAAAGGUGGUCUGGCGACUGGGCCGACAAGUUCCAAACUAAAAUCAGCGACUGUUCCCCCAAUUGUCACAUUGCCUCCCUACACUUGCGAACCUAUGUGUUCGGAACAAGCUAGUCCUAAAGAAACAGCCCAUUACAAUUCCAAACUCGGUAAGGAACAGGAACUUCAAGCAAACGUGAAUCGCUGGUCAGUUGUGGUCGAUGAACCCAACAGCUUUGAGAAACAACCAACAGAUAGCACGAAACACCACUCGCAACAGUCUCCCUGCUACGAAGGACUGGCCAAUGAAGCUUCGUCGAAGCAUCGUAGCAACCAGCAUCACAAAUGUCCACGUAAAUCUACCUCAAAGACAUCUUCACUGAGAACGAAUAAUGCUGUCUGUGAACAUGGCCAUGCUGCAGCACAGCAGAAAAUCAGCAAGCAGCGGAAGAGACUGGAACGUUACAGCUACUGCGAGGAUUACUAUGGCAAUGAUAUCAGUAUUGAAUACAAGGGUAAGCUGCCGAAUAAAUAUUCAAUGUACGCUUAUUCACGAGACAGUGGAGUGAACUGCAUCGGACUGAGUUCCGGUUUUGCCGAAGAUAUGAAAGUGGAUUUAUCACAGACAACGCAUCCUAAGCAGGAAAUUGAACCCAGCCGUAUCUCAAAGAAAGUUCAUAGAGCGUAUAAAAAACGGUCAGGCAUGAAGCACCAUCGACAUCAUUCCAAGAAGAAUGUCCGCAGCAAUCUAUACGACAGCAACGAAAAUUGUGCCGUCGACAUACCAACUGCGACCAUCGCCGAGGAAUUUCCUGAAACCUGCAGCUACUUGGACUCGAGCCAGUUGUUUGACAACAGUUAUCACCAUCAUCAUCAUCAUCACCAUCACCACAACAGUUGUACAGGCAGUGGUCGAGAUAGUACGGAGACUGGACAGAAGUUGGCUGCAGGGGAGAGCAGCGAACAAAGUUUCAAUACAGUCAUACCGAACUCUGGGACGCAUCACGAUUGUCCCAUGGAAAACCUGGUACACGAGACUCGGGAGUUGAACCUCAGAGACAAUAAUCACAGCUUGUGUACACGUAGUCACCAUGCGGCCGUCCCACUGGACACCGGUCAACAUAGACGGCAGAAAAAGAGACAUAGCAUGCAUGUAUCUUCCAAUCGUUCUGCCUCAGCUGAGAACGCACGUGACAACUGGCAGCUGGGCCCAGGGGAGUCUCUUGAUCCUCACAUCUUAAACAAUCAACAAAUUGCAUGUCACAAACCCGACACCUCCCACAGCAACAACUCACGACCCCGGUCCUACGUCGCUCGUUCAUCUCAACUGAAUUCAAACAAAGAUCUCACCGCAGAUGGGAACACUCGCCAAUCCAGUUCAAGGGGUCACUUUGAUGAUGACUUUCAAGUGGUCGGCGUUGUAUGAGACCUCCUGUAGCGUGUGUCCUGUAUAUUUUGGUGGGGGUCAAUUGCACUUUUGCCGCUAGACAUGGCAUCAUCAGGACAGCUGCAAUUUGAAUCGUGCAAACAUUGUAGGUGCAGUUUCUGAAUAAAUUAGUUGUUAUAGAAACAAAACUCAUAUCCCCCCCCCACACCAACUCCCAAUUUGUCUGUCAUCUUGUUGCUGUGUGUAUAUCUCUCUCUCUCUCUAUUUAUCUGUCAUAUAUAUAUAUAUAUAUAUAUAUAUA